CGCUAAUUAGGGAGACCGUGGGUUUCAGAUAUAAUUCUUUUCACUUCCGUUUGUUGAAUUUGGCGGGAAUUUUCACAUGUGUUUGUUUACAUUGUUUGUUUUCGGACAGAUUUAUGGCUGAUUAGAAUGAGGACAGUUGAUUAACAAAGAAUAUUGAAAUAGGAUAACAGAAUUAAAAUCAGAAUGAAGAUAACAGAAGAUUUAGUGAAAAGUUUGUGUAAUAAAUCAUCUCUCAGAGCAGUCCAGAGUUUAAAUCUUUCAGACAAAGAGAUAAAUGGAAGCUUGGAUUGUACAGUAUUAGAGCAGUUAGCGAACCUGUCAGUGUUAGACAUAUCACAAAACAGUAUAACCGAUAUCCCAGAAUCCUUCAGUCUACAGCGACUAGAGACCCUCGAUUGCAGCUUCAACAAUAUAAAAUCUUUAAAAUUUAUUCAGAACUUUAAGAAUUGUACACAACUUUACUUGGAUGGAAAUGAUGAUAUUCAGCUGAUAGAUAAAGUCAAAGCAUUCAGGAUGAAUCCAUCCAUACAUUUUGUUGAUGAAAUACGUAGAGCUACUGUGGAAAACUUCAAGGAGAAAUUUGAAGUCAUGGUGAAGAGUAAAUGGGAAGUCUUGUUUGCUGCCAAGUAUGCAGAAGGAUUCAGUGAUGAUCAAUUUGAACAUGUUCUCCAGGAGUUUUAUACAUCUUUAACCUCUGACCUUUUGUUUAAAAAUAUUACUGAAGAAACUGAAUGGGCAAUUCUUAAAGACAUUGCUUCAGAGAUUGUUGAGAAAGCCCAAGAUAAAUCACUUUUCACUGAAUCCAAUAUGUCUAGAGGUACACCACGAAGUGCUCGUCUAAAUCAUAAAUGGUUGAACAGAAAUGACUCAGGACCUUCAACCCCAUCAACACCAGAAUCCAGUGGACAGAAAGAUUUAAUGAGGGUAAAACCGUUAACUCCGAAAAGUGGGACAAGUACACCAAGACCAUCUUUAAAACGAGGAAGAGAAAGUACCCCAACUAGUUCACCUAAAGGUCAACCUGCAAAAAGGGCAAGGGAUACACCUCUAUCAACACCAACAAGAAGGCCAACAGUUUUCACAUCCAUAAAAAGCACUGACGAACAGAAAACAGCACGUUUGCCAUCUGUUGGUGAUUUUGACCCAGCCUACUUCAUCAGAUGUCACUCAACAAAUAAUGAUCCCAAUGACAAUCAGACAAAAGUUUGGAGAUGUGCUUUUAAACCAACUAAUAAAGAUAAAGGUAGCCGACUUUUAGCCACAUGUGGAGGUCAAAAUGUGUGUCUAAUAGAUUGUCAGACUGGUAUUGUGAUGAAGAGAUACAAAGACAGUAGUAAAGAGGAGGACUUUUAUGCCUUAGCUUGGUCAACAAUACCAUACAAGACUGGUAGUAAAGAAGGAAAAAUCAAUAUAUUGGCAGUCGCAGGAAAUAAUGGUUUUAUAAAACUUAUCCAUCCUUCCCAAUUUGUGAUGUAUGCUACGAUGGAAGGUCACCAUGACUACAUCAGCUGUUUGUUGUUUCACCCAGAAGAACCGACACAUCUGUUUAGUGGAUCAAAAGACAGAAAAAUAAUACUAUGGGAUGUUGGUGUUCCAGAUUUCACAGAUUAUACCACAAAUUACAAGAAGUUGAUGGUGUUAAAUACAGCCCAUACAGAUGCCUUGAAUUUGGUGUUUAGUAUAAAGAGUCAGAUGCUGAUAGCUGGAUGUGAAAAAUCAUGUUACGGAUGGAGAUUUAAUAACAAGAAAAGUGUAUCAAGGGAUCCUAACUUUGAGUUUCUGAUACCCAGUACAAUGUCCGAUAUUGAAUCAGGGGACAGUGAUGAUGUGGAAGUAGUAGAUGGCCUGGCAUUGUUACCUAAUGAUUACAUCGCAGCCAAAUGUAAUGGUUCAGGUCACAUGGUCAUCUGGAAUCUCCAUGACAACCUACCUGUCAAGGUUAUUAAGGGGACAAAAACAGUAGAGGUCAAAGUAUCAGCAUUAUUACAGUAUACCAGAACAUCUGUGGACUAUAUCAACCUCGGUUCAGCCUCAGGUAAUAUAACAGCCCGUGAUCAUCAGAAAAUAGAUAAGGGAAGACUAUAUCAACCUUGGUUCAACCUCAGGUAUGCUUACAGCUGGAGACGACAAGGGGUCAUUGUUUGUCUACCAGAUGGAUGCAUUCACCAAAAAACACAAGGCCUCAUCAGAUCAAAUUUUAGGCUAUUCCAUGGUAAGUUCUGAUAGCAGAUAAUAGUU